AGUGAGUGGCCACUGGAGAGUAGAACGAUAAGUUUAACGUGCAAGUAAGAAAACAAGAAAAAGAAAGUAAGAUUAAAACAGAAGACAGAAGAUCUGUGCUAUUCUUUUCUAAGUUUUGAGUCUGAGGAAGACUCCCAGAGCAGCCACAGAAGAAUCAGCUCUCUCCACCUCCCUCUUCGCUCCCUUUACUCUCCUCCUCUGCCUUACGCAGCAUUCACAGCCAUCCAUGAGUGUGACCAACUCCUCUGCCUAUCGAUCGGAGCGUAGUUUCCACCAGACAUCGUCCUCAACUUCAUCCUCUGGUAGCCCAUAUAUGGAGAAGAGCCGGGGACUGUUCGCUGAGGACUUUGGUUCCUUCAUGAGGCCCGGGAGCGACACCUUGGGUUUUUCCAGCGGAGCUGGAAACAUCAAAACGCUUGACGAUUCGUACCAGUUCACAGUUGACGUGCGAGACUUCUCCCCUGAAGAUGUCAUAGUUACCACUUCCAACAACCAGAUAGAAGUUCGUGCAGAAAAGUUGGCGCAGGACGGAUCAGUGAUGAACACUUUCACCCACAAGUGUCAACUACCUGAAGAUGUGGACCCCACCUCGGUGACAUCAUCCCUGGGCACCGAGGGAACCCUAACGGUCCGGGCACGACGGCAUCCAGCCAAACACGAGCUUGUACAGACCUUCCGCACUGAGAUCAAAAUCUGAGAUCAACCUCUCACUUGUUGUUGUGUUUUUCAUGGUACUUCCUGUAUUUCAUCUCUACACUGUCAUGAUUGUACUACACAGAGCAGGCCCAGUGCUCUGUAGGACAAGACACGUCCACGUUCCGUGACUGCAACGAUUUCUGUUUCUUUUCAUUUAUAUUCUGAGUUAGGUCGUCAGACACACAAGUAAAAAGUUAUACCUGCAGAUAACAUGAUGAGACACAGGGGCUUGGAACAGCACAUGUAUUAAAUGACCAGUUCACUAUUUCACUCCUGUCCUGUUAUACAUUCUAAACCCAUACACUCACUACUAAAAAUUAUUUUUCCUCAUCAACAAUUAUUCAUUGAAUAUUAUUACUUGUGUGCAUAAAAGGCUUUGACAAUAAACAUCGACCUUUUGAUGGAAAUGUGACAGGACAAAUUCUAUUUUUCAAAAGUACAGGCUUAGAGUCGGGGGAGAGUCACACAGUUAAUUAGAACAGACAAAUGAGAAAUCAACUUUGAUUUAAUCAUUUUUAUUUUGAAAAAAAUAUAUAUAUAUCAAGGGUUGUCUUGUUUUGUUUUUUGUAAACAGUAUUUCCUCUUGUAGUAUUUACUUUUAGCCCAUUCAGACAGUCUGGAAAAUUCAAGUGGCCUCACUCUGCUGCUUUGUCCAACGUAUGUUUGGAUUAAUACUAUAUCCAGAUAAUGGUGAGGCAACAGUGAGCACCAAAAGUCAAACCAUUUUCAAAAUUGCUGUGAAACAGAGUAAGCAUUCAGUGACAGUACAGAUGAUAGAAGAUGCUUCUUCCAUCAGUCUUUUGUCUGUGGAAGGAUUCGUGAAGCACUGGCCCUCCUUUCAUGAGAAAUAGAUUUUCAAAGGAGCUAUUCAAGCCAAAUAAUUUAGAAGUCUUUAUGUGGCUAUAAUGUAUUCCAUUGUACCUGGGCCAUGCUGUGCCCAUCACACUAAAUCUUUGUCUAUAACAUAUUGUGGUAUAUUUUAAAUAAAUGCUAGAUUCCCUGAAGACACAU